CGAAACCAGGGCUCGGAGAUCCCUCCCAGCGCGCGCGCUCGGGUGGCCGCUGCAUUCGCAGCACGGCACGGGGCAGGAUGGAGAACUGCUGCCUGCGCUGCCGCCUCCUCUACAAGCAGUGCUGGGGGGUGUGCGUGGGGCUGGCCAUCGGGGUGGUUUUGGUGGCCCUGGUCGCAGCCCUCGUCUCCGCGCAGGGGCCGCCGGGGGGCUCGGAGGGGCUGGAGGAGCUGCAGGUGAAGGUGGCCAAGCUGGGGCAGGCGCUGGCCGCCACCGACAGGUCCCUCGCCGAGGUGCUGGCUGUCACCAACAGGUCCCUCGCCCAGGCGCUGGAUGUCACCAACAGGUCCCUCGCCGAGACGCAGGGGCAGUGGGAGAGCUGCAGAAAGGAGCUGGACACGGUGAAGAGCAGCGUCUCGGAGCUGACACGGCGUUUAGCCCAGCUGCAGCACCACGGGGAUGAGCAGGAGGCCAACGUGGGGCGGCUGCAAGAGGACAACAGGGAGAUCAAAGAGAAGCUGGAACAGCAGCAGCAGCAGCUGGAGGAGGCGCAGAAGGACAGGAGAGAUCUCCAGUCGCAGAUCUGGGACGCUUUGGCAAGGAUCGGGUCCGGACAGAGCUGGCAUUCGAGUGGCACCAGCGCGAUGUUCCCCGGCGUGGCCGUGCCGCUCGUCCUCCUGGCUCUGCUCUUGGUGGGGACGCUGCUGCGUUGAGCACGGAGCCACGAGAACAUGGACCUGGCUUGAACCCCGCCCCACGGGGCGAGGGGGGACGGUUCCCAUCCCGCUGGGUUGAAGCUGGUGGUGGCAGCUCCCCCCCAAUGGGGACGUUGCGUGGGGACACCCUGGGGAGGCGUUCUGCAAAAUGUGCAAUGGGCAGGGUGAGAUGGGGAGGGGGCAAAAGCAGGGGAUGGAGACCUGGCACUGCCCCGGGGCUGCUCUUACGCAAGGGGUUCACAGAUACUGCGCAGUUAGGUGGGUUUGAGCUAUUUUCCAAUAAAAACUCAUGAAAACCCAA